CCAUAGUCUGGGUUGCAUAAUAUCAUACUCACUCGCUUCUCUCUCUCUCUCUCUCCCUAAACAUGGCUUCUACUUCUCCUACAUUUUCUCUCUCUAAGUCUCUAUUUGCUUUCUUCUACAAUCAAAUGCUUGUUGUGCUGCUUGUUUGUGUAUUAUUACCAUUGCAAGUGUGUGAAUGUUUUAAUUCAAAGCGUUUCAAAUUGGAUGAAUAUAGCGAUGGGUGGUCUCCUGCCGAUGCAACUUGGUAUGGUAGCCCCAACGGUGCAGGAAGCGAUGGUGGGGCUUGUGGAUAUGGUACUGCAGUGGAGCAAGCCCCUUUCUCUUCCAUGAUAGCAGCAGGGAGUCCCCCUCUCUACAAGUCAGGCAAGGGAUGUGGUGCUUGUUAUCAGGUGAAAUGUACUAGCAAUGAGGCGUGUUCGAAGAAUGCAGUGAGGGUGGUGAUAACGGAUGAGUGCCCUGGGUGUGGUGGUAUUCAUUUUGAUCUGAGUGGGACAGCUUUUGGAGCCAUGGCUCUCUCUGGCAAGGAAGAACAGCUUAGGGAUGCUGGCCAAUUACAAAUUUCAUAUACUAGAGUCCCUUGUGAGUACCCCGGGAAAACUAUCGCCUUCCAUGUCGACUCCGGCUCGAACUCGAACUACUUCGCCGUCGUCGUUGAGUUUGAGGACGGCGAUGGAGACCUCAAUGCUGUUGCCCUCGCAGAAUCCUCCACCUCAACUUAUUCCUCGUCCUCCUGGUUAGACCUCACGCAGUCUUGGGGUGCAGACUGGAAGAUAGAUCCUGGCCGAAAGCUUGAGGCUCCAUUCUCCAUUCGCCUAACUUCGUCGACUGGGAAAACUAUCGUGGCCAACAAUGUAAUCCCCGCAGGGUGGCAAGCCGAUGCGACAUAUCGCUCCGUGGUGAAUUACUAGUGUUUGACUAUUUUCCGGCGAUUGAGUUUAGCUGGAAUUUGUGUGUUGUUUGCUUUUGUUCUUUUCCGGCAAGAGUAACCGGAAUAUGUUUGUUUUAUCCCCCUUUGUGUGACUAGUUUAUGUAGGACUGGAACCUGGGUGUAUCUAGGCUGUGGAGUUUGGGAGGCCUGAGAUGGGCACGACGUCUUGAUGUUCACCCGGAGUGUUUAGGAGCUAAUAAACAAAACUUGGUUUGAAGUAA